GUUCCUUCACGCACUCCACUCCUCACCGUAUACAAAAGAGAGGGUAAGUGCUAGGGUUUUAGCUAAUCCUCAAAAGUGAGAGAGAUUUUGAGGGUUGGGGUUAGAAGUUUUUGGUGCGUACAACGGAGAGAGCGAAAAUGGUGGCAGAUAAGAGCAAGAAGGUGAAGAUAGUGGAGAAAACGGAGGAAGAAAACGCAGAGCCUAUCGAUGGAGACCUCGUUCUUUCUAUCGAGAAGCUUCAAGAGAUCCAAGAUGAGCUUGAAAAGAUCAAUGAAGAGGCUAGUGACAAAGUCUUGGAAGUGGAACAGAAAUACAAUGAAAUACGCAAGCCUGUCUAUGAUAAGCGGAACGAUAUCAUCAAAUCAAUUCCAGACUUUUGGUUAACUGCUUUUUUGAGUCAUCCUGCUCUUGGUGAACUUCUGACAGAGGAGGAUCAAAAGAUAUUCAAGCAUCUAAACUCUAUGGAAGUGGAGGACUUUAAAGAUGUGAAAUCAGGAUAUUCUAUAACAUUUAACUUCAACCCCAAUCCUUACUUUGAAGAUACAAAGCUUACGAAAACAUUCACCUUCCUUGAUGAAGGGACAACGAAAAUUACUGCUACAUCAAUCAAGUGGAAAGAGGGCAUGGGCUUGCCAAACGGUGUUAAUCAUGAGAAGAAGGGGAACAAACGACCAUUGACUGAAGAGAGUUUCUUUAGCUGGUUUAGUGAUACUCAACAAAAAGAUAUUGAUGAUGACAUACAUGAUGAGGUUGCAGAGAUCAUCAAGGAAGAUUUAUGGCCCAACCCUCUCACUUAUUUCAACAAUGAUGCUGAUGAAGAGGAUUUUGAAGGGGAUGAAGCUGAGGAAGAGGGGAAGGAAGAUGAUUCUGAAGAUGACGAUCACGAAGAUGACGAUGAAGAUGACGAAGAAGAUGGAGAGGAUGAAUGAAACUAAACUGUCAUCAUCCAGUUAUUAGCGAUGGUGCUUUGAUAACAGAUGUGUAAAGUCGUCUCUAGAGGUUGCUUACGGUUAUAGAGGAGUCGACCAUGUUUGACUCUUACCCUUGGUAGCUAUAAAGGCUGCUAGCCACUGCUAUCUUGGUCGGGCCAGUAGUUCUGACUAUUUUAUUUAAUCCGAAAGGUUUUCUUUUUGUUUUCUUUUACCUUUCUUUUUUCCUUUUCUCUUUCAGUGUUCUAUUAUGGUGCUAUAUUUAUGGGUUUCUUCCUCCUUAACAUGAAUGUUCCUAGAUGAUAAAAUGUUAUAUUGGCUUCUUAUUCUACAUGAGAGCUUAUUAAACCGCGAUGUAUUGUCAAUGGUGCCCUAGAGUUUGUUGGGUAUGGCAGGGUUCAACUUAUCAGGCCAUUUAGGUUCUCCUCUGGGGGAUCCUGUUAAUUAUGAAAUGUAGUUUUAGUGUUGACAGUCUAA